UUCUCCUUCUUUAGCGUGCUCUUGAUCUUUGCGCUGGCUUUCCUUGAUGGGAUAUGAAUAGAUGAUGGCCUUGGGCACCUUUGUUGUUGUUGUUCUUGGGUACUGCCAUGGCCAACGUUUUGUUCCUUGUGUAGAUCUAUGCGUACAUGGCCAAUAUAUGGUCAUCUCCUCUCUCUCCCCGUCUCUCUGUGCGUCUGUGUGGUGUUGUCUUCUCCGUUUGCUUCGAGCUCGGGGCCUUGGGCUCUUUAAUUCUCCCCUGUCUCCGCUUUUAAUCCUUGAAAGGAGCACACGCACCGCUUUUCUUUUUUCCUUUGUUCCUUGCUUUCUUUCUUAUCCUUUCCUCUCAUCCUUUUCAUCUCUCUUUUCUCCUAGCUUUUCUCCUCCUUUACCCUCUCUCUGCCCCAGCACCUUGCAUCAAAAGAGUAGCCAUGUCUCGGAUGAUGUAGUAGCAGCACUGCUAAGCCACAAGCACAACCCUACAAGAGCACAGACAAAGUUGUGUUUUGUGUGGUGGGGCUAGGGCUCGCGAAGCCGAUGGAGGAGAUGAUGAUGCCCGCGGGGAACCAAAAUCCUAACGCGGCGAACCAGAACCAGAAUAAUCAACCACCGGCGCCGCCUUCUGGCCCUGAAGGCGUCCAGAGGGCUCCCGCUGCAGCCCCGGCGGCGGCAGCAGCUGCAGGAGGGGCGGAGCGGAAGGCGCGGCCGCAGAAGGAGAAGGCGAUCAACUGCCCGCGGUGCAAUUCCACAAACACCAAGUUCUGCUACUACAACAACUACAGCCUCCAGCAGCCGCGCUACUUCUGCAAGACGUGCCGCCGCUACUGGACCGAGGGGGGAUCCCUCCGCAACGUCCCCGUCGGCGGCGGCUCACGCAAGAACAAGCGCUCCUCGUCCAGCUCGUCCGCUGCCGCGGCUGCCGUCUCGACCUCUGCCGCGGCAGGAACGGUGCCGGCAGCCAACAAGAACCCGAAGCUGAUGCUGCAGCACGAGGCGGGCGGCGGCGCGCACGACCUGAACCUGGCGUUCCCGCACCACCACGGCCGCGUGCUGCACCCGUCCGAGUUCGCCGCGUCGUUCCCCAGCCUGGAGAGCAGCGCCGUCAUGGCGGCGGCCAACGGCGGCGGCAGGGGCGGCAUGCACCAGGGCGCGUUCUCGGCCAUGGAGCUGCUGAGGAGCACCGGCUGCUACGUGCCGCUGCCGCAAGGGAUGCAGCUAGGAGCGAUGCCCCCGGAGUACGGGUUCGCGCUGGGUCCCGAGUUCCGCAUGCCGGCGCCUCCACACCAGCAGCAGCAACAACAUCACCAGCAGCAGCAGCAGGUUCAGAACAUGCUGGGGUUCUCGCUGGACACGGGUGCAGGUGGGGGAUAUGGCGCUGGGUUACAGGGGGCGCAGGAGAGCGCGGCGUCAGGAAGGAUGCUGUUCCCCUUCGAGGACCUGAAGCCGGGGGUGGUGAGCGCGGCUGCUGGAGGUGCAACCGGGGGAGACCAGUUUGAGCACAGCAAGGCAGAUCAAGGCCAAGGCCAAGGCGGUAACAACAGCGGUGGCCAUGAGACCCUGGGGUUCUGGAACAACAGCAUGAUCGGGAAUGGCGGCAGCAAUGACGCCGGCGGCGGGGGUGGCGGCGGGUCUUGGUGAGACCGACCGAUGGUUGGUGCAUGGCGGCGCCAUACAUGCAUGGCUCAUGCAUGCGCGGUUGUCAGCAUGCGGAAAUGAUAGGGGAUAGAGACAAGGAGUUAAUAAGCAAGCGGUGGUGGUGGUGAUUAGUGUUACAUAUGGGGUGUUUGAUCUCUCUUUUGGCUGGGUUUGGGUUUUCUACUGUUUCUUGGUGUUUCCUUUUCUUCAUUUUCUCGGCUUUUGUUCAUGUGUGUGGUGAAUCGACUUGGGGGGAGGGGCUAGCUAACACAGCUGAGUACACAGAUUAAGUACGGGCGGUGGUGAACUAGAGUGUGGUAUACGGCUUCUAUUUUAUUAUCUUCACCAAUUGAAUCCCUCAUUUCUGAUUAUCGUGACAUGGAGCACUUGUUCAUUUUGUCCAUGCAUACCAUGUAGAAACUGUACUGAAGCUUCUUUUGACUGUAUUAUUCGAGUCCAAGCAUAGGCCAGGUUAGUUAUGCAUGUUUGCUGCGCGCAGGUUGAUUUGCCGGGCUUCAAUUGGCUUUUGAUUUUGUGGGCUUGCAUCGAUCGUGCAUGGUGAUCACUCAUAAGUCAACACAUUGUUUCUACAGUUGGUUUGGCAGUGUGUAGAGUUCAAUCUUGUGCUGAUCUUGUAGAUGGUUACCCAGUAACAGUCUAAUCAUCUCACUCCGGGGGCCUUAAGAAUAUCUUGUAAUUUGUAUUUUUACUGUUCAUUAUACGGGUACAUUAAUAUAUGCUUUCUUUGACAUUAUUCAA